AUGGCUCCGCAUGUGAUUGAUCUCAUCUCUUCAAGCCCUCCGUUGCCAGCAAGAGAAUCAGCAGCAGCUUGUUCGUCACCGUCACUGCCACUGCCACUCUCGAUACUUGCGCCUGAUGGAGGCCGAAAUCAACACAGACGGCCUCAUUCACCGCGGCUCUUUGUAUCUUCCGACUUCGACCUCGGCUUCGACAUCACCGACGGUGAAUCUGCCCGCCAGGACACCAGAAACGCAAAGCGGCCGCGAAUCUCCAAAUCACCGCCUCGUCUGCCUGCCAUUCCCCCUCGAGCAGCUCCGCCUCCCUUUCUCAGCACGACCAAUAACAGACCAAGGCGAUUGGAAUUCGACCCAAUCGAAUUCACGAGCUCCAUCGACCCAGACACGCCCGCCGUUCAGGUUCAGCACAACGUCAGCAAUGCCGGUUCACGUUCCGCUCGGCUUCGGCCGGCGCACACAAACAAGGCACCCCCGGAGAUGUCCUUGGGCUCUGAUCCUUUCGCCAGCUCCCCUCCUCCAGCAGCCCUUGUAACGCCUGAAGAAGGAGCAAAGAAACGCAAAACUGCGGCCAUCAUAGCCGACGAAUUCUCCGAUCCUUUUGCAAGCUCUCCGCUUCCUCCAGUUCUGCCACCACCUCCUCCGCGAGAGCCACACAAGCCAAAAGAACAACCAGAGUCGCUGCGUCCGAAAGUCAACGUUGACGAGUUCUCGGAUCCAUUUACCAGCUCACAAGAUUUCAACCUGCUUCUGCCUGCCAAUGCCGCCACCCCUCGCAGAGCGGCAUCUGUAGAGGUGCUUGAUUACUCUCGCAGACAGAAGCACUGGGAUCCGAUUUCAAGUUCUGCUCCGGAGAAAACCCCGCGAGUGCCGUCACCGAAGAAGACCACUGCCGGACCAGCCAUCAUUAACAUCGACUCGGAUUCGUCCGGCACAUCAGAGGAUGAGUUUCCAGACAUUGCCGAUUUCAACGCCUCUCAUCCCAGGCCCCGUCCUCGCUCUCCCAUUCGCCGCUCUCGUAGUGACUUUGUCUCCUCAAGGAGUAGCAGACCCAAAACAACGACUACAAACACGGCGGCAGCAAGAACGGCAGAGCAGCGGACCCGUGAUAAAGAGGCUCAAGCAGCUGCCAAAGCAGUCGAAAAAGAGCGAAAACGACAGGAGAAAGAACAGCUUAAAGAGGCCAAAGCCUUGGAAAAAGAGCGUGCUGCUGCGCUGGCAGAGGUGAACAAGGUUCGCACCGACAAAAAGGUUUCGACGCCGGAGAUGAUGCUCAUCAUGCCAUCAAGCGUAAAUGAAGGACUAAAAGUACAACUGGAGACGCUGUUGGAUGGGCUAAGCGUAGAAUAUACCAGCCGGGAGAGCCCCAUCGCCAACGCCUUCAAGUGGGCAAGAAAGGUCCGAAGCCGUUUCGAUGAAGAAAUGGGCCGCUGGGAACCGAUCCCGCUGCAGAUCAAGGCUGAGAAGCACGUACUUGUCCUGAUCACGGCGGAGGAAUUCGUCGACAUGGCCGUCAGUGACUCUGUAGACUCCAACGUCUCUCGAACAAAGAGACACUUUCCCGGCCACGAACUGAUAUACCUCCUCGAAGGAAUUAACCUCUGGAUGAGGAAGAAUCGCAACAUCCGAAAUCGCAGAUUCACAUCUGGCGUACGUGCACAAGAACAGCCCGAUCCAGAAGCAGCAGCAGCAUCGACCACGGCCGCUCCCCGUAGACGCCGUAACAUCGCUGCUGUCGAGGAGUACAUCUCCGAAGACAUUGUCGAAGACGCCAUGCUGCGGUUACAGGUCGAGCACGAUGUCCUGAUCCAUCACACGGCAGUGCCGUCGGAAACUGCGCAAUGGAUCGUCGCCUUUACCCAGCACAUAUCGACCAUUCCGUACAAGAAGAUGCGGGACAAGAUGACCUCUGCGGCAGGCUUCUGCAUGGAGAGCGGACAGGUUCGCACGGGAGAUGAUGCGCGCGAUACGUACGUUCGCUUGCUGCAGGAGAUUGCGCGCGUCACGGCACCGAUUGCCUACGGAGUCGUCUCGGAGUUUGGCACCGCGGGCGAGCUCGUCAGGGGGCUUGAGCAGGGAGGGCCGUUGAGGUUGGAGAACGUGCGGAGGAGUGCCAACAAGGAUGGUGCAGUGUCGGACAGAGCCGUGGGACAGGCUGUGAGCAGGAGAAUUCACAAAGUCUUUACGGGGAGGGAUGAGAUGAGUACGGAUGUAUGA